CAUUAUCUGAUGUAGUUUGGCAUGACAAAUACGUUCCGAUAAGCAUUAUAACGACAAUACGGGCAAUUAACGUAAACUUAAAUUAUAAGGAUAGCUUAAAGGGCACAAAAGUAUCAUGGUUGCAAGGCCUACUCGCAAUAUUCAUUAUAGGUUUCGGGGGAAGUACUACUAGUGCAAUUCUUUGCGGAAAGGUACCCGGAUGGCUUGCCUCCAAUACGACAAUAACGACUUAUCUAAUUAUACAUUUUAUGAUGUUUUAUUUCUCCCCUUUUCACCGUUUUCUUGUUUCACUACCGAAAUCACUGAUUGAUCCAAUAUUUUUAAUUGUUGAUGGCAUUCAACGUACUAAUUCCAUAUGUUUGUCAGGAGUGGAUCUUGUUCGUUUCGGCAUGUACGACGAAUCAUUGAUGAACACUAGCUGGGCCGCCAUCUUACUUUGUGGAACCUUGAGUGGUUGUGGUGGCGGUAUAUGGGCAUCUGCUUUACAGGUUUCAUCACCAAAAUGGUCGUUUAAUAUACCCUCGGCGAUUAUAGAGCCAACUUUUAAUAUGAAGACGAGCUUUGCGAUUGCUUUAUUUUAUGCACUGAUAACAUCCCCUCAAAUCGCAGGGUUAUCAUUGAGUCCAAUAGUUGACAUCGACCAAGGGAGAACAUUAGCCAUUAUAGGAAUGAUUGGAUUAAAUUUUGUAAAAUUUAAUGAAACUUUGAAAAGGACUAGAGAUACUAAAACGCAAAAAAAAAUCAAAAAGAAUUAA